AUGGGCAAAGGGACGGACAAACUCUACAUCACUCACUCCGAAUGGGCGUCGUCCGAUGCGUACUCAGCGAGCGCCGGCGCCGGUGUGCGCGCCGACACCUCCCAGCACGCGUCCUUCAAACGACUCCCGUUCAACUUCUGCGCGCUGAGCCUGCAGCCCUUCACCACGCCCGUCUGCACGGCAGAAGGCAUCAUAUUCGACCACGAGAACAUUCUACGGUGGCUGCUAAAACACGACACGAACCCGACGAAUGGAAAACCCCUGAAACAACAGGACCUUAUAAAGCUGCACUUUGCGAAGAAUGAUGGGGACGAAUAUGUCGACCCGGUCACGUUCAAGGUGUUUACGGACAACACGCACAUCGUGGCGAUCCGCCAUGGAGAGUCUGCGAAUGUCUUCGCGUACGACACCGUCGAGCGACUGAAUAUAAAACCCAAGAUGUGGCGUGACUUGGUCUCGGACGAAGAGUUUAGCAGGAAAGAUAUGAUAACCCUGCAAGAUCCGCAGAACGUUGAGUCCCGCAACCUCACCUCGUUCAAGUACUUAAAAGACGGGGAAGACGCAGGAAUCCCCAAGGAGGAAGCGUCAAUCAACACCGCCAGCUUGGGUAGUGCCGCGGAUCUGAAGAUAAUGAAGGCGAAAGAGGCGGUCGCGAAGGCUAGAGCCGAGCGAGCAAAUGCCACUUCGCAAAACGGCAAAUCUUUAUCAACGUCAACGUCGGCCAACCCAGCCAAGAAGACAACCUCAACAUCCCAGUCAUCAAAGUCAACAAUACCUUACAAUGCAACGCGCCACACGACCGGACAAGCCGCCGCCUCUUUCACCUCGACCGGACUCACGCCGCACACCUCCAACGCGCUGGCAACGAUGACCGACGAAGAAUACAUCCUGAAACCCCGACGGGUCAAACACAAGGGCUAUGUCCGGCUGUCCACCACCGUGGGACCUCUAACCUUAGAACUCAACCCUGAACACGCGCCCAAAGCGGUGUGGAACUUCGUCAAGCUCGCGCAAAAGGGAUAUUACAACGGCAUCAUUUUCCACCGCAACAUCCGAAACUUCAUGAUCCAGUCGGGCGAUCCCACGGGGACAGGUAGGGGCGGGACAAGCAUAUGGGGCAAAAACUUCAACGACGAACUCGAAGGGCCCUUGAAGCACGACAAGAGGGGCGUGCUGAGCAUGGCGAACAAGGGCAAGAACACAAACAGUUCGCAGUUCUUCAUCACCUACCGACCCGCCAGCCACCUGGACCACAAGCACACCAUCUUCGGGCGCGUCGUGGAAGACGACGACGGAGGCGACUCCUCGAUGGAGACGCUCAAACGGCUCGAGAACGCGCCGGUGGACAGCACCGACCGGCCAAAGGACGAGAUCAAAAUCGUCGAGGCAACGGUGCUAAUCGAUCCGUUUGACGAGUUUUGGAAGCAGAAGAACCAGGCGGAGCGGACCGAGAAGGACAAGUCGGAACGAAAAGCCGCCGCCGCCGCCGACGAAGGAAGUCUAGAUGUGGAUGAAGACCGCACGACCUGGACGGGCAAGAGGAUACGAGACGACGGCAUGGUGGAUCCUGGUGGUGGGACUGGUCAGGUGGGCAAGUAUCUUAAGACUUCGUUGGCAAGGUACGGCAACGACGAGGACGAGAUUGUCGAGUUCGUCGAUGACGAGCCCGAGGAACCCGUGCGGAAAAAGGCAAAAGGGGGAGGAGGUGGCGGAUUUGGAAACUUUGAUUCGUGGUAA